CAUGCAAAGUUGUCAAGAGGAGAGCAAGUUUGUGGACACUACUUCAUCUUCCUAGUCGUGAACCACGUAGCAUACAGGCAUACAUCUAACAGAUUUGGGUACCAGAAGUUACAAAGACACUAAAAGCUCUGCACAAUGAGCCUGGCACUUCAUGAGCUCCUGGUGUGCUGCAAAGGCCUGGAGAGUGACAAAGCAACAGAAAGAAAAAAAGAGGCUGACCGCUUUAGAAGACUUCUCCGUUCCCCAGACAUUGUACAGGAGCUGGAUCGUACAUCUGGAGAUAAAAAUAAAGGCUCUAAGCAGCUCACAUGGGAUGCUGUUUUCAGAUUUCUGCAGCGUUAUGUCCAGAGAGAAACAGAAAGCAUACAGUCCAGCAGAGCCAAUGUCACAUCAACAACAUUGGCGACACGCAAAAAGAAGAUGGCAGAGAUGUGUAGUUUGAUUAAGUUCUUCAUACGCUAUGCAAACAAACGUGGGCCCCGGCUAAAGUGCAGUGAGCUCUUAAAACAUGUAAUGGAUGUGCUCCAGUCUUCAUACAGCUGUUCAUUCUAUGGUGAAGACUACAGUAGCCUCUUGGACAAGGACAUACUCUCUGUCCGCAAGUACUGGUGUGACAUCACUCCCCAGCAGUGGCAUAGUAUUUUGGAGUUUUACUGUGGCUUGUUUAUUACUUCAUCCAAGUCCAUCAACCGCGUGUUAGUUAGUAGAGUUAUUCAUACCAUAGUCCAGGGUUGCUGCAUGCAGACAGAUGGGGUUGACAACAUCCUAUUUUCAUUUUUUUCCAAAGCACUUCUGAAUGCAAGGCAAGAGAAGCACCUGACUGUUAUAGAACAUCUGGUCUCAGCUUUAAACAUCUUUUUGAAAUCUGCUUCAAUGAACUCCCGAAUGAGGGUAUGCCGCCUGGGAGAGGACCUUUUGCAACCUUUGCUGUUUGUGUGGGCAGAUAUGAGACCGAGUGCCAAUCUCAAAGAGGAGAUUGUAGAGUUCUGUCAAUUACAAAUCUGUGUUCACCAUCCCAAAGGGGCCAGGACACAGGAGACAGGUGCCCAUGCUGAGGACUGGACAAGGUGGCACGGCCUGUUGUACAGCAUGUAUGAUACUUUAGUCCGAGAGAUCAGUGAUAUUGGCAGCAGAGGAAAAUACCUUGCAGGAACCCGAAACAUUGCACUCAAAGACGGUCUAGUACAACUUACAGCUGACAUAUGUCACAUGUUUUUUAGCGAGAGGAAUGAUGUGCAGUCUUUGGAGGUGACUCAGACCUCAUUUAGAGCCACACAAAUGGGAAGUCCCACUCAUGGAGCAGCCAGUAAACGACGUCGCAUAGAACUAAGCUGGGAGGUCCUUCGUGACCGCCUGCUGCCUCAGCAAAGGGACUUUGAUAUUAUACCAUGGCUGCAGAUUACCACACUGCUUAUUUCCAAGUAUUCGUCAGUGGUACCUGCUCAGGAGCUUGCCCCUUUGCUGUCAGUGCUGUACCAGCUGCUGGCUGAGCAGCGCAGAGGGGAGAGGGGACUGUAUGUACUCCGCUGUCUGAAAGAAGUGGCCUCCUGUCAGGCCAAAGACCCUAGCAGAUUUCACACGUGCAGGGCAGAGCUGAGCAGACUCUGGUGUAAAGUUUGGUCUUUGACCCUACGGAGGGUCAGCUCAACACAUAUAGAGGGCCCAAGUCUUGAUCUGCUAGCAUCUAUUGUCCAUGGAGAACUGAUUAAUAUGGAUAGAGAGUUCUGGAAACUCUUCUCUGGAUCAGCAUGUAAACCUUCAAAGCAUGCCGCCCAGUGUUUGGCUCAGGCCCUGAUGACUUGGCCUGUCCCUAACGUCUUUCUUGGGGGUCGAGGAUGGGCAAGUGUAGGGCUGGUGGAUGGACUUGUGUCCUCAAACCUAAAGGACACUAUCACUGAAUGGCUUCUAAUGAGUGACCAGAGUGAUGAACUUGAGGACAACUCUAGGCCUCACCCCAUCAUCUGCAGAGACUUCCCUGACUAUCUUAUUGCAAGUAUCCUAGUGUCUUUAACCUUUAAAGACACUAGAGCAGGGCUCAGGUUCCUUCUUAGUUGGGAUGAAGUGAAGAGAACUGUGAACCAGGAUAAUUUACAACCAAAUACACACCUUAUGGAGGAGAUCGAGUUGCUCUUUGUACAGUUUAGCUUUAACAGCACCCACCUGGAAAAACAAGAAUUUAGUGGGGAAAAGCAAAAGGAAAAACCUCCUUGCCAGUUUACUGCUUUUCCUGGUCCUAGAAAUGAGUUGGAGAAAUCCUUACUUUUUGUGGCUGACAAUCUACUCAACUGCUACUCACCAGAUUCCUCAUCCACUCCUCCAGAGUGUCUGGUGCGAUGUUUCAGUCUGCUGACCAGUGUUUUAGCUGCUUAUGUUGCCACUGGAUUUCUGACAGAAGAGGAUGCAUGUUGCUCUCCUCUCUUCCACAAAGCAAAAGCUGUUGCACAGGACUUCAGUGGUUUUAUUUCUAAUGUGAAGGUGAAAUUGACAGAAGAAGGAACCAUGACUACACUGAUGUCUGUCAUGAAGCUUUGUGCCGAAUCAGCCAAAAGCAAAAAUAAGAAUAAUGCCUUUUUUAUUUCUUCGAGGCUGUUCAUGAUGGGAUUACCUGGGAGUCUCCUGAGUGAACUUGCUGAGCUCUGCAAGUUACUGCUGAGCAGUGUUUCCAAGAGGGCGGUGGCGGAAGAUGAUCCCAUGGAAGAUGAAUUUAACAUGACUAGAACCCAACAUGGAGAUGACAAUGACUUAUUUGAGGAUGAAGAGAAUCCUCAUACCAGCGCCAAUGGCACUCAUGAACCAAAGGGAGAUGCAGACACCUCCACAGGGCCAGGUGCAAAAUGUCCAUUAGCAGACAACAGCCUGGCUCUCCAGGACCAGGCUCUUCUCCCCAUCCUGGAGUUCCUGUGUGUGUGUGCGUCCUUGCCAACUGUCCAUGGCCUGCUCUUUAAACCACAGGAGGUACGACACAGGCUGCUACUACUUUUGAGACAUAUUGACUUUACUAAACCACUCCACCUUCACAUGUAUCUUGUCUUGUUAAAAAAGCUUCCUGCUGAGGACUCACUUACACCAGAGGAGUUUGAUUCUCUGCUCAGUCCACUGGCAGACCUGUGCUCAAUGUAUCGACAGGACCAAGAGAUUUGUGCUGCAGUUCUCUUGGCUUUACUGCCCUCUAUCAAAACUUUAGGCAGGACACAGUACACGCCAGAAGAGAUGAAGCAUGUUAAUGGAUCUUUACUACAAGUUCUGUCUGGGUUUUGUUUCCUCAGCCAAACUGGGAAAUGCAUGGCUACUGUACGUACAGCUUUGAUCAGAUGCCUUGUUGCACUCUUAGAGACUGACCCAUGCUGCAAAUGGGCCAUUCUGAGUGUUAAAGAGGAGGAGAAUCCAGUAUCUGUUAUUCUUCCAUGUCACCUGGCAGAUUCACAUCACCAAGUCCGGAUGCUAGUAGCAUUGUCAGUGGAAAGGUUAUUUGUGGACACAAGACAAAAUAAUCUAAAAAUGUUACCACUAAAAAAUCAGCAGGAAGCAUUUGAAAACCUUUAUCUGAAGGCUCAAGAAGCCAUGGGACUCCAUAGACACAUUUCUUCAGAGGAAAAACCAGAUGAAAUGUUUAAUCGUAAAGCUGCUCUCUUAAAAACUCUGUCCUCAGUGUUGUGCUGUAGUCCAGUGUGUGAAAAACAGGCAUUGUUUGCUUUGCUGCAGUCAUACAAGGAGAAUGAUAUUGAAGAACAGCUGAUUAAAAAGAUGUUGUGCACCGUGUCUAACGAGUUGGGCUAUAAAAAUGUGAAAACAAUGGUUACCUCUCAUCUGCAUUACUUGAUUGCAGAGUGGCUAACACUGCGAGUGUCAGAUGAUCGUUACACUCUGGGUUCAUUUCCAAGCACCCUUCUGGAUCAUAACACUGUCAAGGAGUUUUACAACUCUAGCUAUCCUGUGUUGGUACCCCACCUGGUCUUCUUGGAUGACUUUGAGCAAGUGAAGUCUAUCAGCAGAUACGUGGAUAAGGACUGGAGAGACUUGCUUGCUGACUGCUUCCCAAAGAUCAUGGUCAACAUCCUGCCGUACUUUGCACUGCCUGGUCAAGACGCUCAGGUGACAGAGCAGAGGGAGAAGGCCCACAGAGUAUAUGACCUGCUCAAGGAACCCAACUGUCUAGGCAAACAGCAAAUUGACAACCUAAUCCACAGUAAUCUGGCCGAUAUUGUGGUAGAGCUUCUAAUGACUUUAUAUGAAGGAAGUGGUGCCGAUGGAGACGGAGAUGUAGGUGAUUUGAAAAACUUCACUGGGGAACUGGAUCCUGUACCAAAUCCUCCAUACUUUACUUCUCAUGUCAUCCGAGCUACACUGGAUUACCUUAGCAAGUGCCACAGUGCUAACCAUAAAUCCUUGGUAGCCAUUUUGUCCAAAAACCCUAGUUCAAUCCAAAGAAUAUUGCUCUGUGUGUGUGAGAAGGCUGCAGAGACAACCAAUAACUAUGAGCGCCACCGCAUCCUGAUGAUGUACUACUUGUUUGUGAAUCUGCUCCUGAAGGAGGUCAAGGACGGGCUGGGCGGAGCCUGGGCCUUUGUGCUCAGAGACAUCAUCUACACACUUAUACACCACCUUAGCAGCCCGCCAGGGCAGUGUGAUGAGGUGUCUGGGCGCAGCCUGGCUUUGUGCUGUGACCUUCUGACUUCAGUUUGCAAGGCAUCCCUUCAGUUCUGUGACGAUGCACUAGACUCCCACCUGCAGGUCAUUGCUGGGACUCUUACAGCACAAGUAACUGCCCAACCUAGCAUUUCUCAACAGGUUCUCAGUCUGUUGCGGCUUUUAGUAGUAGACAAUAUGCAGAAGUUGAAAGGAGCGAUCUGCAAGCUGGAUCCUUUUCCUGACCUGCCAGAGUUCAGAGAGCUGAGGACAGUACAGCAGAAGCUCAAAUACAACACUGGGACAUUUACACUAAGACAGGAGAUUGCACACUUUCUGUCACUGAUACCGUGUGAGUCCUUACCUCUGACCAGGUUAGAGGGUCUGAAGGAACUGACCAGACAACUGCAUGCCAACAAGGCACAAAUAAAAGAGCUUCUCAAAGAAUGUCAAAGUGACCCCACAGAUAGCAUCUUGGUGAAGUUGGUCCUUUCACUUCUUAAUCUUUGUAAACUAGCAGUGAAUCACCCUGAAGGAAUGGACAUUCUUGUUGCUGCUGGGAGCUGUCUUGGAGAAUUGGGCCCAGUUGACUUUUCUACCACAGCGUUGCUUCAUGGCAGAGAUCCUCUGUAUAAGGCUGCUUCUGACGUCAGCUCCUCUGAUUCUCAGUGUAUCUACAUCAUCCUCAACUGCAUCAAUAACACUCUCACUGACCGACGGAUUGAGGUGAGAAAGGCCUCAGCCCAGUGUGCAAAGAACAUUUUGGCAUCUCAAUGUGGAGUGGACUUCUGGGAGGAAUACAAGGACAACAGAGACCCAAUGCUAGCCUACCUCAACCCCUUUCGCAAGACUAAGAUGGAGGCUGUGGAUGUGAGUGCAGAACAACGUAAGGAUGCCCGAGAGAAGCUGCAGAAUCAGGGGUUUUGGAUUCCUGAGGUAGGAGGACACAAAGCCUGGCUCACAUCUCUGUGCACUGCCCUUCUUGACAGUGGAGGAGUCAGGAAUGAGGCACUGUUGCUGACACGACCUCUGUGCCUGGUGAAAGUGUCCAGCUGUCAGAAGUUUUUGUCUCUUUUUGUCCACUCAGUGUUGCAGGAUGAUCCAGGUGGUUCAUGGAGGGCAAUUCUAUCCCCUCGCAUUCAAGACUUUUUCAGCUUUUUCUCCAAAAGCACCACAGGGUCUAGUCGCUCUGCCACACCCAUCAACUCUAGCCCUGUGUCAGAUGUUGCAAGUCAUGGUUUCUAUGACAAAGCCUCUCUUCGUACAAUGUUAUCAGUUAUUGACUAUCUGAGACAUCAACCAAGACCUCUGACAUCUGGAAGUAACUCUUGUGGCACGAUUUGUCACUCAAACUUCUGGUUGGACCUGAACUACCUGGAGGUGGCCAAAGCAGCACAGUCCUGCUCAGCUCACUUCACUGCUCUUCUCUACACAGAGAUCUAUGUCGAUAAAAUCAAGGCUAACUUGGAAGACAAUAAAAGAAGCAGACCCAAAGCAACACGUAGAAUCAACUUUGAAGACAACAGUCAGAAUUUGACCAUCUCUAGCCUGACUGAAAAGAGCAUGGAGGACACAAACAUCAACUUACAGGACCUGCUGAUUGAAGUGUACCGCAGCAUUGGAGAGCCCGACAGUCUAUAUGGCUGUGGAGGGGAGACCAUGACCAGUUCUUUGACCAGGAUUCGAACAUAUGAGCAUGAAGCAAAUUGGGGUAAGGCCUUGACAUCAUAUGAUCUUCACUCUUCUCUGCCGGAAGCCAUACGACAAGUAGGCAUUGUAAAGGGGCUGCAGAACUUUGGUCUGAGCAGUAUACUGUCCACCUACAUGAGGGGCCUGGAGAGUGAAGGGCAGGAGUGGGGGGCGGAGCUCAGAGAGCUACGUUUUCAGGCUGCCUGGAGGAACACUCAGUGGGAUUUUGAUAUUUCAGAGAAAAGUGACAAAACAAAACUUGGCUUCCACGAGUUUGUGUUCUGUACCUUGCAGGCCUUGAGAGACAAAGAAUUCUCAGUAUUUGAUGAUAGCAUAAAAGAUGCAAGAGGAGCAGAGGUGGAGGAGCUGUGCAGAGGCAGUCUAGAAGCUGUGUCUUCUUUAUAUCCUGCUUUAAGAAAUCUGCAAACCAUCAGGGAACUAGAGGGUGCUAAACGCCUGUUCUCUAGGCCUUUCUCAGACGUAGCCCUAAAAGUGGUGUACAGCCAGUGGCAGCAGCACCUGCAGUUGUUAGUGGACAGUGACUUCUCUUUAGUAGAGCCUAUUCUGGCCGUGCGGUCUGUGGCCCAUCAGACUCUGCUCUCUACACUGGAGGAACCAGAUAGUGUCCAGUACCUCAGCUCUGUGCUCACGGACCACCUCAUGGAGCUGUGCCGGCUUGCUCGGAGGGCUGGAAACACACAGUUAGCAGAGCGAGCGGUUUUUCAAAUGAAACCACACAGUAGUGGUGUUUCCUGGGAAUCAAACUGUAUAGCGUCGUGGCAACUGGAGGAGGCCCAGGUGUUUUGGGCCAAAGGAGAGCAAGAGCUGGCUCUGGGUCUGCUGAGAAAGAUGAUACACCACUUAGAGGAGAAGGUGGAUUUUAACCCUGCAGUUGUCCCAGUCUACACUGAAUGUCUGAGGCUGUGUGGGAACUGGCUGGCUGAAACCUGUCUGGAAAGUCCUGGAGUUAUACUGGAGAAGUACCUAGAGAGAGCUGUGGAAGUCAUUGAGAGUAGAUCCGAAGCACAAGACUCGCGACUUCAGAGCCAAAGGACAGAGGCCUUUCUGUCUCUGGCUCGCUUUUCUGACGCACAGUACCAGAGCAUUGACAAAUACAUGAGCUCUUCUGAGUUUGAGAACAAGCAAGCCCUGCUAGAGAAAGCCAAAGAGGAGGUGGAUUUGAUGAGACAGCGCAAAGUCACAUCUAACAGGUACACAAUAAAGGUCCAGAGAGAGCUGGAGCUCGAUCAGAAGGCACUGUCUAAUCUGCAGACUGACCGACAGCGCUUCCUGUGUAAAGCUGUUGAGAACUACAUCCAGUGUUUAGAGCAGGGCGAGGAGCACGACACCUGGGUCUUCAGACUGGCCUCCCUCUGGCUCAAGAACAAAGACCACAAGGAUGUGAAUGACAUGAUGAAGAAAGGGGUAAAAAAAAUUCCCUCCUACAAGUUUUUGCCUCUUAUGUAUCAGCUGGCAGCUCGGAUGGGAACCAGAAUGACCACUACUACCAUUGAAGAUGUGGGCUUUCAUGAUGUUCUCACUGAGCUCAUUUGCCGCUCGUCACUGGAGCACCCUCAUCACACACUGUUCAUCAUCUUCGCUCUGGUAAACGCCAACAAAGAUGAGAACAUUUGUCGAUCUCGCUUAUCCAAGAGUGCGCCACGACAACCCUCACAGUUUGACCUGGAGAGGUCAAACGUUGCACUCAAAAUCAUCAGCGCUAUCAAGAAGAAGAGAGCCCACAUGAUCCAGAGCAUUGAGCGCCUGUGCGAUGCCUACAUCACUCUGGCUUACAUGGACGCCAGCCGACACAAGGCAGAGAAAAAAGCUAUUCCCAUUCCUGCUGACCAGCCCAUCAUGCAAAUUAAGUACUUGGAUGAGGUUGCGAUCCCAACAAUGGAGAUAAAGGUUGACCCAUCCGGCUGCUAUGAAGACAUAGUCACCAUCAACGGCUUUCUUCCACAAUAUCACCUGGCUGGAGGAGUCAACCUGCCCAAGAUCAUUGACUGUGUGGGAUCUGAUGGCAAGAGCAGAAGGCAGCUGGUUAAAGGUCAGGACGAUUUACGACAGGAUGCAGUGAUGCAGCAGGUCUUUAGCAUGUGCUCCAUGCUUCUACAACGCAACACAGACACUCGAAAACGAAAGCUCAACAUCAGACGAUACAAGGUUGUACCCUUCUCUCAGCGCAGUGGUGUGUUGGAGUGGUGCUCGGGCACAGUUCCUAUUGGGGAUUUUCUGGCUGACCCCAACAAAGGAGCCCACAAACGCUUUCGACCUCAAGACUGGACCAGCCUGGCCUGCCGCAAGAAAAUGAUAGAAGCCCAUAAGAUGGCCUUUGACGAGAAACUCCAGGCCUACCUGGAGGUGUGCCGUAACUUCAGGCCGGUCUUUAGGUACUUCUGCAUGGAGAAGUUUCUGGACCCCGCUGUGUGGAUGGAGAAACGACUGGCCUACACUCGGAGUGUCGCUACUUCCUCUAUAGUUGGAUACAUUGUGGGUCUUGGGGACAGACACAUUCAGAACAUCCUGGUGGAUGAACAAACUGCUGAACUGGUGCACAUUGAUUUAGGUGUUGCCUUUGAGCAAGGGAAAAUCCUCCCCACCCCAGAGACGGUUCCAUUCAGGCUGUCUAGAGACAUUGUGGAUGGUAUGGGCAUCACUGGUGUGGAAGGAGUUUUUAGAAGGUGUUGUGAAAAGACCAUGGAGGUGAUGAGGAGCUCCCAAGAGGCCUUACUGACUAUUGUAGAGGUGUUGCUGUAUGACCCAUUGUUCGAUUGGACCAUGAACCCUCUGAAAGCCUUCUGCCUCCAGCACGAUGAGCAACAGGAGCUCAAUGCAACUCUAAGCUCCACUAUGGGAGCAGAUGACCUGGACAACCACCGCAAAUCAAGUGACAGUCAAAGCUCCAACAAAGUAGCCGAGCGAGUGCUGCUGAGGCUCCAGGAGAAACUGAAGGGCGUGGAAGAGGGUACAGUGCUCAGUGUGGGAGGACAAGUCAACCUGCUCAUCCAACAAGCCAUGGACCCCAAGAACCUGAGUCGGCUGUUCCCGGGCUGGCAGGCCUGGGUCUAGGACCAAAGAUCAGGGACAUAGUGAUAUUCUGGUUUCUAUGUAAUUUUAAUUCAAUUGCAUUGUUUUUGAUUCAAUUUUUUUUUUUACAUCCUUAAAAUCAACUCAAUCAACUCAAAACAACUGGGACCAGAUUAAAUAUUUGUGUAGGAUGCAAAAGGAUUGACAAGAAGGGUGCUUGAACAGGCUACCUUUUCUCACCCAAUGUGCACAUUGUUGUAGAGGUGGAUGAUAUGCUAAAAAAUGAUCACAAUUUUCAUAGAGAGCAGUCACUAUUUCUGUUUUGUCACAAUUUCAUGUAUAUGAAGUAGAUUUUAACUACUACUACCUGCUUCUUCUGAGAGUUCACACCAAACAGAAUGUCGACACCGGGAUCAGAUCACAUUACGGUUUUCAUUGCCAUAUUACCCAUCCCUACGUUAUUGUAUAUUUUGUGUUUAUGUUACAGUGUUAUCAGCAUAGAACUAGAGAGAAGUGCUCCAAACGUUUUACUUGAAAUUAUGCCGCUUUGCACUCCCCUUUGAAUGAAGACACCUUGGGCACUCAUUUGGGCAGACAUUUGACCAAAAGACAUGCAGUUUGGAUUACAGUAUUAAAUUAAAUUGAUGAUGGGGAUGUUCUUGCAUUUAUAAAAUUGCAGUGAGUGGAGUCACUUCUCCACAGAUCUGAUUUGUAACCUGGCCUGGUGGUGUCAUUUGGUUGUCACAGUUGUAAAAAAUAAUAAGUAAUAAUCUUACUGUAGAGCAUUUCAGGUAAAGCAAUGACAGCAGGUGUUGUUACCCUGUGCUAGAAAAAUUACAUAAUGCACUUUUAUCUGCUGCUGUAUUUGAUUCUCUGCCCAUGAAGAUGUGAUGAAUUUGAUAUCGAUGAAAGCUGUGAAUAUGCAAUUCCAUUCACAAUUCAUUACAUGCCUUAUAUAUAAUCUUUUCUUUUUUCUUUUUUCUUUUUUUUUUUUACAUAUUCCUGUAUUUUUCCUGGUAGCUUUGUCUCUAUGGUUUUGAAGUUCACCAUAAACUCACAAUUUGUUCAAAAUGUACAAUUUGUGUGUUAUAAAAACUACCUAGAAAUAUUAAAUUCGUGAAAAUUAUAUUGU